AUGGGCAGACAAAAGGUGUAUUUGGAGAAACUGUCCGAGUUCUUCCAUAUCCGUAAUCUGCUGCUUCGUCAGGCCCUGGCAGAGUGUCUUGGCACUCUCAUCCUUGUGAUGUUUGGCUGUGGUGCUGUGGCCCAGCUGGUGCUGAGCAGUGGUUCCCAUGGGAUGUUUCUCACCGUCAACUUCGCCUUCGGCUUCGCUGCCACCUUGGGCAUCCUGGUCUGUGGCCAGAUAUCAGGUGGCCAUCUGAACCCUGCAGUGACCUUUGCCCUGUGCCUGCUUGGGAGAGAGCGCUGGAGAAAGUUCCCCAUGUACUUUCUAUUUCAGACAAUUGGUGCUUUCUUUGGUGCUGCCAUCAUUUUUGGCAUGUACUACGAUGCCCUGUGGGACCAUCCUGGGAGUUUCAAUAUGACUGGGCCAAAUAACACAGCUGGCAUCUUUGCUACCUACCCUGGAAAACACCUCACCAUUGUCAAUGGCUUCUUUGAUCAGAUUAUUGGCACAGCAGCGCUGAUCGUUUGUAUCCUGGCUAUUGUUGAUCCAUACAACAAUCCUAUCCCCCAAGGGCUGGAGGCCUUCACUGUGGGAUUUGUGGUUCUGGUCAUUGGAUUGUCUAUGGGUUUUAACUCUGGCUAUGCUGUCAAUCCUGCCAGAGACCUCGGACCACGUAUUUUCACUUCUUUGGCCGGAUGGGGCACUGGGGUUUUCACUGCUAGAAAUGGGUGGUUCUUGGUGCCCAUUUUUGCCCCAUUCCUUGGCACCAUCAUCGGUGUAAUGAUCUACCAGCUGAUGGUUGGCUUCCAUGUAGAGGGAGAAAUACGUGACCGGAAUAGGAGGGAGGAGGAGAAUGUCCGACUCACCAAUGUUGCCACCAACGAACACUCUAAAGAGGCUACCAAAGAAAUGCACUAA